GCCUUGUUCAAAGAAUAACUAAAUAGAAUAAUUGUGUAUGUCAAUUGACAUAUACAAAUUCAUUCAAAAUAUUUUAAAAAUUUUACAAAUAUUUUUUUGCAGAAAGUGAUUAUCCCAUGCCCCAUCAAUGAAAGUUAGAUUUAUUAUGUGGUUUGCUAUAGCAUCAACAAUAUUUCAUAUGGCAGAUACGUUGAAAAGCACGAUUCAAAACUAUGAUGAAUACUUUGAUUUCGAUCCAGAAAUAUCGGAUGAAGUCAAUUUAAACGCAGUUCAAAAACCAAAUAAACAAAUUCUUAGUGGCCUUACACGGUCGGAUAUGAUCACUCUAACCGAAUUACCAACUGGCGUCGAAACCACAGAAUGUGUUACCGUACAACCUAUGAGUCCGCUACCGCCAUUAAUGCAGGAAACAUCAUCCGGAAUAGAGCCACAACAACAACCAACAGAAAACGCGCCACAAAAUAUCAACAAUGAGGAUCAGAAUGAUAAAGCUAAAGAAUUGAGAAAUCUAGUACAACUCUUAUACAUUGCACAAGCAAGGGUACAACUUGAAGCUGCUGAAAUUAAAAAAGCGCAGGCCGUUGCUAAUUCGGCACAGCAAGGUCUUGAAGAAGCCGCCAAUCACGUACGAACAAUAACAGCUGCAUUGCAAAACUCUCAGCAAGAAGUUGCAUCUGCUGCUAUACGUGCACAAACCGCUCAGUUGCAACUCGCAGCCCAUGAUCAAUUGCUGUUUGCAGCACGUCAAGAUGUUGAUGCCUUGUCAUCACAAAUGGUGGGCUUACAGGCGGCUGAAGGCAUAACACAACCUAAAAUUACAGUCGAUUUAACUGAACUAUUAGAAAAACUUAAACAACCUUUACAAGAAGCUGAAAAACCUACACCUGUACCUACAGUCUUACAGAUUACCACUCAAACUACAAAUAAUCAACGUAUGCUGCAACACUAUAAGGAACCAGAUUAUGAACAUUUUUAUUAUAAAUAAUUAAGAUUGGCAUGCAAAUUCUUUUUAUUUAUUCAGAUUUAAUUUAUAUUUUAUUACUAAAUAUGUAUGUCGAUGUAUUUGUGAAACUUUUAUUUUGAUUAA